AUGGCAGAUGUGUCCUCGGGCUCUGAGAAUGAGGAGGAGACUGAGUACUGCAUUGAUGAGGCUGCAGACAUCCAGCAGCUGAUUGAGGAGGACGAAGAGGACAACCCCCACUACGACACCAUGGAGCUCAACAUUGAUGAAGUGAUAGAAGUGUUGGAAGUCAAUGAGUUUGUCUUUGAGGAGCUUCGUUUGGCAGCAGACAUUGUAGAGGAGACACAAGAGGCCUGGCGUCUCUUCAUCAGCUUGGCAAGCUCUCGGGAUGCCGCGGGUGAAGCAAUCUACUCAGCCAUCUUCGAGUCUGCGCCGACAUUGCAGAACCUUUUCAAGACACCCCGUCCUGUGAUGGCUAUGCGGUUCAUGAACGGCCUGAACACCAUCAUCUCGUCCAUGCAUACGCCAUCGGCUUUGAAGGUAACGGUGGAGACGCUGGGCUUUCAACACCUGGACUUGGAUGUCACCGUGCCCCGCGUAGGCCUCUUCCGGGAUGCAGUGGUAGAGCUCUUCGAACAAGAGCUUGCGGAGCGCUUCACAUCAAGGGCAAGGAGCGGCUUGAAGUCCAUCUUCAACUACGUGGGAGGCGCCUAUAUCUUCAUCCGCCGCGAAUAUGCCAGCCGCAUCAAGAUCAUCGGCAGAAGUUGGCGUACGGCCAACAACAAAGUCGAGGGAAGCGAUGCGGGCAGUGAAUCGGACCACAAGUCCGGCGAGGCAAUGAAUGGCCUGAGCAUUUCUUUCGACGAGUUGCAGGAUAAGGUGACGAUGAACACCUCGGGGAGCAAGGAUGGAGAGGAAAAGGAGGCAAGAGAUUCCGAGGCUAAGAAGACCAUGGAAACCAUGAAGGUGCCAACAACCUUCAACGAAAU